ACCCGCUCCGCUAAGACCGCCCGGGCGCCGCACGCACGCUCCGCACCGGUGCUCACGGUACACGCACGUUUCGCGACGCGCACGCACCAGGCGCCCUAAAGGGUUUGGUUAGGUUGUCGCGCGGCGUCGUCCCGGCACCCAGUCCCGCGGUGGUGGUACCGUUCCGAUGCUGGUCCGGUAACGUUUCGCACGCACCAAGCUCGGCUCGCUCGCGGUAACGGGUUCGUCGACAGACGGGUACCCGGUUCAUUUUCCUUCACCGCCGCACAUCGUGGUAAACCCGUUCGCCGUUCUGCAACUGCACUGCGCUGUUCUUUCGACCGCUGUUGAUCUCGGGGCGCCCUCGACGAACGUCGUUUUCCGUCCGGACGCGCGAUUUAUACCGCCGAUUUCUCCGCGACCGUCCUGCGGACGAGAUGUGAAGACCAUUUCACGAGGCAACGACUUCGCGAUCGAUAAUCUCCGUUCGCAUUCGCAGACACCAUAGAAAACCUGCCGAUAACAACGGCCGAAUCGCCUGCGCUUGCGAUACAAUAUCGUCGGCGGGCCCGCAGGAUCGGCCGGAGCCGUCGCGGUCGAACGUGCUGAGUCGCAGUACUGGCGAGACACCAGCGGCAAUGAGCCGGUACCGGACGGCGUUCCAGUCGUUCUCCAUUGAAUCGUUGAUCGGCGGAAGGGCCGACGACAGCGGCACGAGCCAGGACGACAAGGACGACUGCGGCAGCGUCGCAACAACCGGCCGCGAACGUUCAUCACCGCCGUCCGAAGAGGUGCUGGUCGCGCGGACUACGAGUUCGUCGGCCGCGCACCAUCACGACUGGACGGACGUGUCAUCGGGUUCGCCGGCGUUCGGGACGCGGGACAGGCGGCUGUCCACGUUGUUCAGCAGCAUGUUGGACACGGCCAUACAACAGCGACAACGGUUGGUGCAGCCGCAGCCACCGCAGUCACCGCCGCUGCUGCCGUUGCACUUUGAUUACUUCAAAGCGAUGCAGCUGCAAUCGGCGGCCACCGCGGGCAAGACGUUUUCGCCGCGAGCGCUUUGGCCGUAUUUGAGCGAAGUGGUCGCGUUUCCGCACGCGGCGCCGCCGCCUCCGCCACCGCCGGCGUGUUAUUUACAACCUCCACCGCCGCUGUUGCCGCAGCCAUUCGGAUGCGCCGACGAAGCGUACGAGGACGACGAUCACGUGUCGUCGUGCGACGUCACGUCACCGAUCGCCGGGAAGUCGACGGGAGAUUUGAUGUGCCGCCAUCAGGACGACGAGGACGACGAAGAGGACGAAGAGGACGACGAUGUCGACGCGGACGAAGACGGCGACGAUGAUAUGAACGAGACCGACGCCGGUGAUUACGACGAGACGACGGCCAAUCCGCGGUUCGGAAAAUGCAUAAAUGAUACAUCUGAAAUUCUACAUCUCAGGCAAAAUAUAACGGAGCUACAGCCUUCUAUUGAGAACAAGUCUCGUCGAAGAAGAACAGCAUUCACUAGUGGUCAAUUAUUGGAACUAGAACGUGAAUUCCAAGCCAAAAAAUACUUAAGUCUUACCGAAAGAUCUGAAAUAGCAAACUCGUUGAAGCUUAGCGAAGUUCAGGUGAAAAUAUGGUUCCAAAAUCGUCGCGCCAAGUGGAAACGCGUCAAGGCCAACCUUCUUUCGUCCGCGUGCGGCGAAGGCCAGAAAACAAGCAACGCAUCCUCGAACUCGACACGUGGCCGAUCAAAGUGCCCCAACGGCGGCGGCGGUAGCGCGGCAAAGAUCGUCGUGCCCAUACCGGUGCACGUCAACCGGUUCGUGGUCAGGAGCCGACAUCAGCAGCUGGAGAAGUGCGCCUCGGGGUUCGCCCAUCUCCGGUAUGACAACGAUUUCAAAAUCAACAGCCCGCUCACGUCGUACACCUCGAUCCUGUAAUGCUAUCCGUUCGGCAUCCGGUUGCGGCCAUCCGUCUGCCGAACCGUCCGCUGGACCGGAAAGACGAUGAUCACGUACGAUCGUUGACAUUGGUCACCGUUUACCGUUCUACGGCGUGGGCACCUGCCCGUCGACCACGUCGUUGGGCACCAUACAACCGACCGUGGGCCCAACAAUCGGUUUUUUGAGCGUGGCCAAACGUUUUCAACCGCUUAACGUCAGGACUGGUCGUCCGAUCCUGCCGACUUUGAAACCCAUUGUUGUGUGCGAUGUCAGCUGUGCCGUCACGCGCAUUAAUGUGUUUCGUUCACAAUCGUGUGCACGGUAUCAGUGGCGCCGCCCCCCCCCCCUUCGUGAACCGGUAGGGCUUCUGCCUUACUACAUGAUAGGUCGGCGUUUUAUUGCUUAUCUUGAAUUAUAAGCAAACACAGUUAAUUAUCAACUCCUAAGUAUAUGCUAUCCGGUAGAUCAGUUGACAGGUUCUAUUUGUUUAACAAUAUUUUUCAUGUAAGGCGAAUAUUAUUAGGUUCUAAACCACCAUUCGUAGGAUGGGGUGAUGUCCCAUAGUUUAAUAAUUACGCCUAAACUGAAUUUUUUAGUCUCGGCGCCACUGCGGUGGCACACAUCAUAACCUUAAAACCUCUAAAUUCGGUUACUUGAAUUAUUUUAAUCAAAUGCGCAUGAAAAAUAUUAAAAUACAAAACACGAAAUAGUAUCAAAAAUUAU